AAGUAAAAAAGAAGUAUCUAGUCUGUACCGUUCUUGCCAAAGAGAAAACACACAGAAAAGGAAAAAUUUUCUAUAUCUUUGCUUUAAACGAACUGCUCAGUUGUGUGUUCCUCAACUGUUUCGCUCUGAAGCAGAUGCAACCGACACCUUCCGGUAGCGGCAACUCUAGCGGCGGAGACGGUGGCGGUGGUGAACUGAAUCGAGGUGGGCUUGCCCGCUUUCGUUCAGCUCCAGCCACUUGGUUAGAAGCACUUCUUGAAGACGAAGAAGAGGAAGACCUAUUGAAGCCUAACCAGACUUUGACUCAGUUACUCGCUUCUAAUACUCCUUCAACUAGAAAUUCUGUGCCUUUUGCUUCUUCUUCGAUUUCGGUUGAGCCGGGUAAUUUGUUUGAACCCACUGGUUUUAAGAGGCAAAACAGCUCUCCUGCUGAUUUUCUUGGUAACUCUGGCCUUGGGAGUGAUGGGUACUUUUCUAGCUUUGGAAUUCCGUCCAAUUACGACUAUAUGUCGCCGAAUAUGGAUGUUUCUCCCUCCGGUAAAAGGGCUAGAGAGGUGGAGUUGCAUCACCCUUCUGGUAGAUAUCCGUCCCUGUUGAAAGGAGAGCAAAGUGGAGAGGUUCCUAGCAGGGCUUCUAGCUUGAUAGAGAUGGAGAUGGAUAAGCUUUUGGAGGAUUCAGUGCCUUGUAGGGUUCGUGCAAAGCGAGGCUGUGCUACACAUCCUCGGAGUAUUGCAGAGAGGGUUCGAAGAACUCGAAUCAGUGACAGAAUAAGGAAGCUUCAGGAGCUGGUUCCGAACAUGGAUAAGCAAACAAACACUGCAGAUAUGUUGGAUGAGGCAGUGGAGUAUGUUAAGUUUCUUCAAAGACAAAUUCAGAAACUGGUAUGUGAAGUAGGAUUUGUAGCAUUUGUAAUUGAUUCAGUGAAUUAGCUUGCCAUUGUUGGAAUACUUGAAACAUGACAGGAACUCACAGAACAUCAAAGGAAAUGCACGUGCAUUGCUAAAGAAUAACAGGAACAUGGUAACAGCUACCCUCUGUUUACUGUAAUUAUCAGAUUUUUUGAAGUUCUCUGCUGCAGUUAUUUGAAAAAUCAAUCUUGUUAUAUACACUAUUUCACAUUUUCCGUGUCACCACCCGUCUGCGACGUGUAGAUGAAAGCCAGUUAUGAGGGUUAUAUGUCUACGGAGUCCAUGAUCAAGGCUUACCGCUUCAUCUUGGAAAAAUUGCUCUCUGAAGUUCACUUGGUAUGGUUGUAGUUGUAAAAUAUAUUGUAUACUAUAAUAUAUUUUCAAGGUAGUACUUAUCAAGCCUCUACAUUCAUUUAUAUCUGUUCUCCAUAUUGUAUGAUACACUAGAGAUCUGUAUUUUCUUAAACUCUCUACAAAACAUAUCAAGAAACUAUUUGAUCAAUAAAUUCUUUGGCCAAUGAUUCAAACA